AUGACCAUUGCCGUGAACCUGAGCGAUGACACCCUAGGUCCUGACACGAGCAUGGAGGAGUGCGAGUCUGGGCUGACGCAGGAGAUUUUGCGUUACUUCGAGAUCGUCCGCGCCGCUCAGGCGACAGGACAGAGCCCGCCACUUUCGGCCGCAUCCACGCUGGCGACCUUCGACGACCUUAUGGCGGUAUUGCGGGGAUUCGCCUACGACCCGACCUCGUCUGACUGCUGGCAGGCCUUAGGGCUCAGCCCGCUGGAAGGGCCUGAGCCGACGCUUGGCAUGCUCGAGUCGCGAGCCCGCACUGCCCGGCUGCUUUCGUCAGCUGCUGAGGGCCCGCGCUGGUCACAGAGCGACAAGCAGUUGGUCCCCCCCUUCCUCAAGAAGCUCGAGCUGGCCGUCCAGGACUGCGCCAACUCCCUCGCCGGCUGGCGCAGGGAGCGACGGAAGCUGAAACCCAGCAGGCUCCCUCUGUGGAAGGAGCUUGGGCCACGAGCCCUCUGCGCGGUGCUCGACACAGCCCUGUCCCCACAGGAACGUGUCGCGACGCAAUGGUCCGCGCUGCUCGGCUCAGGCCCCCCACGUCUACGAGAGCAAGCCGAUGAUCGUGUUCUCCCCCUGGAUGGAGCUCGGCGUCUUGCCGAAUCGGCCGAGAAGGGGGACGACUCGUUCUGGGACCUGCUGCAGAACGUGCCGGUCGUCAUCUGGGCCCCUACCGACUCCUCCGCGCUGGGCCGCCUCCGAGAACACAUGCUGGAACGUUCCAGCGGCGGUUCACUCCCGCAGUACAUCCGUAUGAUCACUCCGCUGGAGACUUUCCCUCGGUGCCACUCGGUCGACGCCAUCCAGGUGGACUUCGUGACGCACCCCAUGGAGUUCGUGUCUCCUGGCUCCGUGGGGCCGCGGCAAGAAUUCAAGGGCCUCGCGAUUUUCACAAUCUCCACGUAUCUCCCAAAGGGCCCUCCCAAUAUGCUGAUGGUGGAGGAGCCCCUCUUCUCUCUCGGGGACAAGCCCACGUACGUGGUGGACAUCCCUGCCAUGGCACUCCCGCUUGUCUACAGCUUCAUGUCAGAUCCUGGCAUGCGGUGUGCGACGAUGGGCCGAAUCACCCGCAGCCCAGGCCACACUGCCGAGGUUCAACGCAUCACCGUGGAUAUCCGCUUCGACCGGGCCAUCCCAGCUCUGGAACAGGAGCUCCGCAUGCGUCGCCUCCGCAGCGCGGCGCUUCCCCCCGACUCGUUCUACGGCUCACAUGCGAUGUUCUCGGACCCGGCGGCCCUCCUCGCCGAGUUCGCGCACCCCGGCGCUGCUUGCAAGGCGUGGUCGUUGUGCAGCGGCCUCAUCCCCCUCACCUCUGGGAAGGUACUGGUCCAAUCAGAGACAGAG